GCGGCGGGGCGGUGCGGCCCGAGGAGGCGGCGGAGGAGGGGCCGUUCGCGGCCCCAGGCUCACCCCGGCGCUCCGGGCCGCUCGGCCCCCAUGCCUGCCAGCCCGCCUUGCCGGAGCCCCAGGUCUCUCCCUGCAGGUGACCAGCGCCAUGUCCAGCCAGGUGGUGGGCAUUGAGCCUCUCUACAUCAAGGCAGAGCCAGCAAGCCCCGACAGCCCAAAGGGUUCCUCGGAGACCGAGACUGAGCCCCCUGUGGCCCUGGCUCCUGGCCCAGCUCCCACCCGCUGCCUCCCAGGCCACAAGGAAGAGGAGGAUGGGGAGGGGGCUGGGCCUGGUGAGCAGGGUGGUGGAAAGCUGGUGCUCAGCUCCCUGCCCAAACGCCUCUGUCUCGUCUGUGGGGAUGUGGCUUCUGGCUACCACUAUGGUGUGGCGUCCUGUGAGGCCUGCAAAGCCUUCUUCAAGAGGACCAUCCAGGGGAGCAUCGAGUACAGCUGUCCGGCUUCCAACGAGUGCGAGAUCACCAAGCGGAGACGCAAGGCCUGCCAGGCCUGUCGCUUCACCAAGUGCCUGCGGGUGGGCAUGCUCAAGGAGGGAGUACGUCUGGACCGUGUCCGAGGUGGGCGCCAGAAGUACAAGCGGCGGCCCGAGGUGGACCCGUUACCCUUCCCAGGCUCCUUCCCUGCUGGACCCUUGGCUGUAGCUGGAGGCCCUCGGAAAACUGCUCCUGUAAAUGCACUGGUGUCUCACCUGCUGGUGGUAGAGCCCGAGAAGCUCUAUGCCAUGCCUGACCCAGCAGGCCCUGACGGACACCUCCCAGCUGUGGCUACCCUCUGUGACCUCUUUGACCGAGAGAUUGUGGUCACCAUCAGCUGGGCCAAGAGUAUCCCAGGCUUCUCGUCACUGUCACUGUCUGACCAGAUGUCAGUACUGCAGAGUGUAUGGAUGGAGGUCUUGGUGUUGGGUGUGGCCCAGCGCUCACUGCCACUGCAGGAUGAGCUGGCCUUUGCUGAGGACCUGGUCCUAGAUGAAGAGGGGGCACGAGCAGCUGGCUUGGGGGAACUUGGGGCUGCCCUGCUGCAGCUGGUGAGGCGACUGCAGGCCCUGAGGCUGGAGCGUGAGGAAUAUGUCCUGCUGAAGGCUCUGGCCCUUGCCAAUUCAGACUCCGUGCACAUUGAGGAUGCCGAGGCUGUGGAGCAGCUGCGAGAAGCUCUACAUGAGGCCCUGCUGGAAUAUGAAGCCGGCCGGGCAGGCCCCGGAGGGGGUGCUGAGCGGCGGCGGGCAGGCAGGCUGCUGCUCACACUACCGCUCCUACGCCAGACAGCGGGCAAAGUGCUGGCCCAUUUCUAUGGGGUGAAGCUGGAGGGCAAGGUGCCCAUGCACAAGCUAUUCCUGGAGAUGCUCGAGGCCAUGAUGGACUGAGGCAAGGGGUGGGCAUGGGUGGGGGUGCUGGCAGGACCCGCCCGGAAUGGGUUCAGCCCCAAGGGGGCAGAGCUGGGGUCUGGGCAGUGCCACAGCCUGCUGGCAGGGCCAGGGCAAUAUCAUCAGCCCCUGGGAACAGGCCCUACGCCCUCCCCUCCCCUCUCCCAGGGGGUCUUAGAAGCUGGGAAUGUGUGCGCCCAGGCUCUGGGCACAGUGCUGCCCCUUGCAAGCCAUAACGUGCCCCCAGAGUGUAGGGGGCCUUGCGGAAGCCAUAGGGGGCUGCAGGGGACUUGUGUGUGUGUGUUGGGGGCGGGGGCAGAAGCCUGAUCUCAGGGAGGGAAGGGAGUGGAGGCAACCGUCUCCCAGUGGGUGAUGCUUUUGCUGCUGCUUAAUCCUACCCCCUCUCCAGAGCAGAGGGGGAUUUGGAGAGCAAAGGCCCCUGCCCCCUUCGCUCCUCUCCUCAUCAUUUGCAUUGGGCAUUACUGCCCCCCCCCUUGAAGCAAUAACUCCAAGCAGGCUCCAGCCCCUGGACCCCUGGGGUGGCCAUGGCCCCCCAUCAGCUCCCACCCAGCCUCCUCAGGGGGUAGUGAGAGCACUGCCUCUAUGCCCUGCAGAGCAAUAACACUAUAUUUAUUUUUGGGUUUGGCCAGGGAGGUGCAGGGACAUAGGGCAAGCCAGGGCCCAGAGCCCUUGGCUGUACAGAGACUCUAUUUUAAUGUAUAUUUGCUGCAAAGAGAAACCGCUUUUGGUUUUGAACCUUUAAUGAGAAAAAGAAAUAUAUCGAGCUCAAGAA